UCCUCCAGCCUCCCGACGUAAUCCUCAUCCUAUAUCCUCUCAACUUCGGUAACACCGCUCAUUUUUCAACCGUCGAUCGGCUGAUAUAAGUCUUUUCUUUUCUUUUUCUUUUUCUACCACCUCAGAUUUUUUAAAAUGGCUCUCAAGAGAAUUAACAAGGAACUCACUGAUCUCGGCCGUGAUCCUCCAUCCUCUUGCUCCGCCGGCCCCGCUGGAGAAGACCUGUUCCAUUGGCAAGCAACGAUCAUGGGUCCUGGUGACUCCCCAUACUCGGGCGGCGUGUUUUUCCUAACAAUUCACUUCCCUACCGACUAUCCCUUCAAGCCACCAAAGGUCAACUUCAACACUCGGAUCUACCAUCCGAACAUCAACUCCAACGGCAGUAUCUGCCUUGACAUUCUCCGAGACCAGUGGAGUCCAGCCUUGACAAUCUCCAAAGUGCUGCUCUCGAUAUGCUCCAUGCUCACAGAUCCCAACCCGGAUGACCCUCUGGUGCCUGAGAUUGCUCAUGUGUACAAGACUGACCGUCCCCGAUAUGAAGCCACCGCACGUGAAUGGACUCGCAAAUACGCCAUCUGAUCUCCGCCUAUCAAGCUCCACGGCCACCUUGGUCUUCUCAAGCUCUCUGCGUCUCCAUUCGCUUUGUGACAAUAUACUGGAAGCCUGGCGUACCGUGAUCGUAGAUCUCUUCGUUGUUUUCCUGCAAACCAUUUGCGUGUGCUUCAACUUUAUUCCUAGUUGUUUCGGGCUUCUUUUGGCGGGAAAUGUCAUAUUCAAUGAUCAUUACGAUUAACUCUCUGCAUUCAUGGCAUUUUGUUUCACUGAAUGGAGUCAGACAAUGUUUUGUGAUUCACAAUCUAACCCAAGCAGGCCAUAUUCUUUGGGUCGGGGUCGCAAGAGUCGUUGGUGCAGUUGUGCAGGCUUACCCGCAAGUAGGCUGGACAUUGGGCAGGGGUGCUCGAGCAAGGCAAAUGUACCAGAUAGCUAGUAGUUAGGCACUUAUGGCACAACUCUUUCGACUUCU